CUGGCUCAACCAGAGUACAACCAGCUCAUCUGCAUCUGGCCCGAGGGGACUUGAACGAGCCAGGGGCAGGUAGGCGGUCAGGAGCAGCGGCGGCAGCGGCCACAGCGCACAGCCCGCUCCGCGCCGCGCCCCUGGGAAGCCCAUGCCCGGCCCGUGUCGCCCCGGGCUUUCUCAUGAGGCCUCUGCCGAGCCGCAGGAGGAACCACCGCGGCAUCUCCCUGGGACUCCUGGCCCUCUGUCUGGCCGCAGCCGGCAGUUUGCAGAGUCAGGGCGUGUCACUGUACAUUCCCCAGGCUGCCAUCAAUGCCACGGUGGAAGAAGACAUCCUGCUGUCCGUGGAAUAUUCCUGCCAUGGCAUCCCCACCAUCGAAUGGAAAUACACAUCCAACUGGGGAGUGCAGAAGAUCGUAGAGUGGAAACCAGGGACUCAGGCCAAUGUCUCCCAAAGCCACAAGGACAGAGUCUGCACCUUUGACAACGGCUCCAUCCAGCUCUUCAGUGUGGGCGUGAGGGAUUCCGGCUACUAUGUCAUCACGGUGACAGAGCAACUGGGGAGCAGCCAGUUUGGCACCAUCAUGCUGCAUGUGUCAGAGAUCCUCUAUGAAGACCUCCACUUCGUCGCUGUCUUCCUUGCUUUUCUUGCUGCUGUGGCCGCAGUGUUAAUCAGCCUCAUGUGGGUUUGUAAUAAGUGUGCAUAUAAAUUCCAGAGGAAGAGAAGGCACAAGCUCAAAGAGAGCACAACCGAGGAGAUUGAGCUGCAAGAUAUUGAGUGUUAGCCAAGGCUGAGCCCAAUUACAUUCCUACCUCAAGAGGAAAAUGUUAUUUUCCAGUGAAAGGAGUAAACACAUCAAUCGACCCUAAGAGCCUCCUGUUGUCCUGCCACAGCCACCCGCUCCCGAUGGGACCACCAGGCGUUCACCAAGGUGACUGCAUGCAGUUGAAAGCUGUGGAUUGGACAAAGUCAGUUCUUGUACUUGCAUGAAGUUCAAGGAGAAGAGUGCUUGAGGCUUUGAGCCAGAGCUUUGCUUGGCUGCCGUGUCAGAGCCAUGCUAACCCAUAACCGGUGGCAUAGGGUUUGGGCCCGGGGGCAUGGCCAUUGGGGGAGUCCCAUAUCAGAGGGCAGCGUAUCUCCAGAUCAAGUGUGCAGCUCUCCGUGCGUCUGUCUGCACUGCUGGUGCCCUCCAACCACCUGCUGUGAGAAAACAUGAGGCUUUGAGACAAGCCUGCCUAAGAAACAGAGGUAGGAAGAGACAGAGUGAGGUUUGCUGUGCUAUAGCGAGUUGCUCGGAGCGGGGGCAAGGGCCCCUCAUGGCCUGGAACUUUCGGGAGAAGAGCUUCAUUUGUUGACGGACUGGCACUGGGAACAACGAAUAAGGAGAAAAGUACCUUUCUCUUUCUCUCUUAAGUCCAGCAUGAAUUGGAUUUUCCCUCCUGUGGCCCCAGUGUGAGGAAAACCACAGUUCGCUGUGGACGGCAUCUGGCCUUCAGAUGGCCUCCUGACCAGCUGUGCAAAAGUGGGGCCUGCAUGAUGGGUGGUACACCUGGAAAGUCGGGCAGCGCAGGCUUCAAAAUCUAGCCUCCUCGGUCACUAGCACUUCAAGUCUCAAGUCAGGCCCUCUCUCUCUCCCAAGUGGGCAAAGGAACACUUGGCAUUCACCUACCUCACAGUCAGGAUGUCAAGUGAAGCCCGCAGAAGACAUAGAGCUUUCCAAGCAAUUUAGGACAAGCAUGACGAUUCUUCAAGGAUCUGAAAAGCAAUCAGUGCAAUACUGAGUACUGGAAAUUGAUCAAAUGCCCUGGGGUAUUGGGUGCCAGGUGAAAUUAGGGACUGAAUCACAGCUGGCCUUGGCCCUUCCUCUCUGAUAUUGGUUACUAGGUUUACCUGCGAGUUUCUCCAUCCCAACGUCCAUUUGGCAAUCUCUAAAGCAGGCCUAAAUUUAUUUUCCAUUUCUCUUUUCUCUCACUAGUAUUCUUAGCUGCAGACCGAAGCUACCACCCCAACUAUUGGUGGAGGCUGCAGUUUUCAGUUAUGUCCCCAGCCCUCAGCUGCAAAUUCACUAAUGCAAAGGAGAAGGAGAGCUAGAACAUUCCCUUCUCUCUGCCCUCCUUUCCAGUCCCCAAUGCCCACAUCUUUUCUUCUUCCCAUGUGGCAGAUAAAGAGUUGCCUGGCAAAGUUAGUGGGAGGCCUUUCCCCGAGUAAUGAACCCAGGGUUGCAGGAAGAGAUCUCUUGGAGUAUUCAGACAGGAGCUAUCAGUGAUGGAGAGACGGGCUUUGAAGGCACCACCUGACUCAAAAGGCAAGAGGGCAGACAGUCUACACAACUGAUUCGUAGCUCUAGCAGCUGACACGUUCUCACUUCAAGCCACCUCCUGUCCACACGCGUGUAAACACGCACACCUGUGCCCGUUCCCCAGUCAGAGGAACCAGGCCUGUGCCAGGACGGGUUCUUUCCACGGGUCUCCGGUGCCCUGAAGAAGCAGGGUGAGGGGAACUGGAGAGAAAAGGGCAGUCAAGGAUAAUCUGCUGCUUUCUUUCUCUUUCACACACAAAGCCCAUCAGCAGGAAACCAAUUUGGAUUUGGUAACUGCUGGAAUCUGUGUCCUAUUUUAUUCUACCUGCUUUUCAGAACUCUACGUCUCAGUUGGUCAGAAAUCAGGGGUAGAAAUUCUCACAAUAAAAGGAGAAAUGGAAACGAAUACCCAGUGAGUGGCCUCCACGGGCAAAACCCAGGUGUAAAUUGGCCCCCUGCCCCUCAAAAUUUCAUGAAAGGUUAUACCCUCAGCUUUACAUUUCUUCCUUUUGCACUUUUAAAGCUCUCUCCAUCCUGAACAUUCCUGUGGAAAGCUUUUGAUCCCAGAAGCCUGAGGUUUUUGUCUGUUUUUCACAGAAGAAAAUAUGAAGUCAUAAAGGUUAGCCACCCUAAAUGUUAAGCCGUAAGUUAUUAUGCUUCAAACUGGGGAAAAAAAAAAUGUUUUAAAGAAUGAAAUAAAACCUGAAACGAAAGCCCGGGUCCUUCCUGUGUGAGCCCACUGCUGCUGAGAAAUCCAUCGCCCUGGGGAAGCUUCCAUCAGCUGUGGGCGUAAACAAAACCUUCUGCCACAGUCCUGGGUCUGGCACAUCUUUUUAAAUGACAAUAGAACGAAUCAUGUUUGCUCUGUUAUCCGGUGGUGAUAAUAUUCCUCUGCUCUUUGUCUUCUUGGAGGAAUGAAUUCAGUUGAGAGACAGCGUUUUGUGCAGGUAAAAGAUUAGAAGUUUAUUAGCAAAGGCAGAGACACUCCAAGAUGUGGAGCAGACCAGUCCCAAGGCGGGAAGGCCUCUCCUUAGAUUGCAUGAAGGCUUUUAUUUCUAUGGGUAGAAUUGCCUCCCCCGCUCUCCCUUCUCUUUAUCUCUUUCUUUCCUGCUGAGGUGCCCAGUUCUCCCUUUUGGUUCUCAAGGCCGUUUCUGUCAGUUUUCUUUUUAUGAUUUGUUUGAGCAGCUUACUAAAUUGGUCCUGAUAAGCAGGCUGUAUACUCUCAUAAGCGGAAUGUCCUUCCUCCUUUCUUUGGCUUUUAACAACACAUCUCUUUGAUUCAGGGGCAUGUGUGAGCCUGGAAUCCUGCUGGGCUCCUAAGGCAUUGGUGUCCUAAGUGAGGGCAGCUACAAGGGGUCUUGACCCAAGUCGGAGCUGCAGCAAGGAGCUUUCUAACGGGGCAUAGGGCUCUCCGGCUUGUUUCUAUCUGGUAUAUACCUACCCUAUCAUUCGAGUAUCCAUACAUAUUCUUUAGCAAUUCAGAAAAGCAACACUUUAUUAUUGCCAUCAUUCUUCCCUCUAUUGAGCUAAAGGACGAAUGUGAGGUUUUUGCUUCCAGAAUAUGAAUAGUGACUUAACAGAGUCCUAUCUGCUCCGGAAAGGGCUGAAACAAGGAUGUGACAAUUGUACGACCUUGUUGAACAAUGCAAAAGACACUCAACAGCACAUACAUGCUUUGUCAACAGAAUAUCCUCUUAGAGGAUACUGUGAUCUAAGAAACCAAAAAGAUAUUGUUAAAGAACAAAAUUCAACUGAGUAAAUCUGAAGCUCUACUUGGCUUUAUGAAAUGAUUCAUGAAUUGGGCAGCAUCCCAUCUAGCAAUUAGAUGGGUGCUCAGAGGGGUUGUACAAAAGUGUAAAUUUUUUAUAGGCAGAAAGAGGGUGGGACAAGGAAGUUAAGGGUGGACCGGCAAGGUCACCUUUCCAAGGGAAAGGCAGGGGGUUUUAUCAAGAUUACCUCAUUAGUGCUGACAGGAAAUUCGAGACUGGUUAGAAAUUCCACUCCCAGCAGAGGCUGAAACUGCAAUUAGGUGUUUAGUCUUGGUGGGUUUAGCAAAAGUGCCUCCAUUUGGGGUCUGUUUCUUUUUAAUAGUAUACAGUUGUUCCUUGAACAAUACAGGUUUAAAAUCCGCAUGUAAGUGGCCCCCUGCAGUUUAAACCUGUGUUGUUCAAGAGUCCACUGUAUUUUCUUCCCACAACUGGGAAUCCAUGUUUGUGGGGGGUGGACUAUAGUUAUACUCAAGAUUUUCAACUGUGAGGCAGGUUGAUAGCCCUAAAGCCUCGCGCUUUUCAAGGGUCAACUGUAUAUCCUUCUUUCUCAUUUCAUGGUGUUCUGGGUAUGCAAGGGGAGCUGCAACAGAAAACCCUGUCUUCCAAAGCCCUCAUGAGAUGGUUACUACCGGACGGUGCUUCACGCUUACUCUGAUUUGGCCUCAUACCACACAAAGGUGAGGAGCAAAGGCAGUGAGAGAUAAGAAAUGUUAUCAGGAUAUCUUGCUCAGUGCAGAGACAAGUCCUGAGGGAGGAUGCAAUUCAGAAGGGCUGCGUAACAUUGGUGGAGAAGAGGGGACUAUAACGCCAGGAGAUGUAACUGAGAGCAAGGAACCAAAUAUGCACGUGAUGGGGUGAACCCCCAGGGCUAUGACUCAAAUGCAGUCUCCUUGACAGCACCCGAGAGGUGGGGACUGGGGGGAAGUGAAGCCCUCUUUCUGUCAUCAGCUUUCAUAUAGCCAGCAGAGUUUUCUUCUGCCCAGGUUCCAGGAAAACAUCAAACACAUAUCUAGUUUAUUGAAAACAGAGGAAACCCCCGUGGUUCUCGUUAGCAUGUCUACCCACAACUCAACUUCCACUAAAGAAUGCUGAGUUGCCAGAGGGUGCCCCUCUCUGCACACCCAAACCCAUCCCAGCUGUCUGCUUUUCCUUGAGAACCUGGUUGCUGAGUUCACUAUUUCCACUGCCUUUUAAACCGUAGGUGGGUGUUUUUGGUUUGGUUUAAUUACAAAGGUUAUAAAUCUUUCUUUAAAAUUAAAAUGAUACUAAAGUCUAUAUAUAAAGUAAAAAGUAAAAGUUCUCCCUCCUUCAAUCUUCCCCAGAGGGAACAGUAGUUAAAUUUGGCGUGUACCCUUCUGGACUUGCUUAUGCAUCUAUGAACAUACCUGUCUAUAUAUAUACAUGCAUCACAAUGUACAUAUUUAUUUUUUAUUUCAUUUAUUUAUUUAUUUUUAAAGAGGGCACAGCUCAAAGGGCCCACGCAGGGAUGGAACUGGCAACCUUGGUGUUAUUAGCACCACGCUCUAACCAACUGAGCUAACCGGCCACCCUACAAUGUACAUAUUUAAUCUACUUUCUUUUUAGGCACAUGAGAUUCUACUAUACAUAUUAGCCUACAACUUCCUUGUUUUCCCUAAUG